CAAUCGGUGGAGCGCCAGACUGGGCGCUGGCCAAUGGCGUGCGAGCCCCGCCGAGAGUAAUGUUAGAGAGCUGAAGACUGAAGACACUGCGUAUCGCCUAUGUUCCCUCACACACAGCCAUUGCAGAGCAUUGAGAUCCAGCGAUAGUCCCUAGUAACGGUUAUCAGGAUGGGGAGAGAAGCAGGAAAGCCAAGGGGCAAGAUGUCCUCCUAUGCCUAUUUUGUCCAGACUUGCCGGGAGGAGCACAAGAAGAAACACCCUGAUGCUUCGGUGAACUUCGCCGAGUUCUCCAAGAAGUGCUCUGAGCGAUGGAAGACAAUGUCUCCCAAGGAGAAGGGCAAGUUCGAGGACUUGGCCAAGCAGGACAAGGUCCGCUAUGAGAGGGAGAUGAUGAGCUACGUUCCUGCCAGGGGAGGCAAGAAGAAGAAGUUCAAGGACCCCAAUGCCCCCAAGAGACCCCCAUCUGCCUUCUUCAUCUUUUGCUCAGAGUUUCGCCCUAAGGUGAAAGGGGAGGCCCCUGGUCUGAGCAUUGGAGAGGUUGCCAAGAGGCUUGGUGAGAUGUGGAACGGCACCGCUUCAGAGGAUAAGCAGCCAUUUGAGAAGAAGGCCGCUAAACUGAAGGAGAAGUAUGAGAAGGAAGUUGCAGCAUAUCGCCAAAAGACCAAAGGAGGCGCCGCACCAGCAGGAAAAGCCCCGGCUAAGGUAGAGAAGAAGGCAGAUGACGAUGAUGACGACGAUGACGAUGAUGAUGAGGAGGAGGACGACUAUGAUGAUGAUGAUGACGAGUAGACAAUGGCGAGUGACGUCUAUAGUGGUCAUUUUCUUGUUUAUAAAGCAUUUAACCCCCUUGUACACACUUCACUUACUGAAAGAAAAUACAUUAGUAUCCAAGGGGUAAAAAAACAACAAAACACCAACAAAAAAGGCUGUGUAUAUCAGUUGUUUUUAUGCUGUACAGUUUUUUUCUCCUUUUUGUAUAGUUAACACUACACAAGUGUCGUGUCUGUAUCUUUCUGCCAGUCUUAUUUUUUCGGUGAUAGUUCCUAGACCACUAUCCUGCCUGGUACAGUGUAAAGGGGUGGGCUUACAGUAUUUACCCUAUAGCUAGAGGUGCACCGCACAAAAAAAAAAAAAAAAAAAAACGUUCUGAGUUAGAUCUGAGUGUUUCUUCCUUUUCUCCGUUCUCCUGUGUGUUUUUAUUUUAAAUGACAUGUUAUCAAAAUUGACGUAUCACAGUUGUUUUACUGAUCUUUACGUACCACUGUAAUAGCAAAAAUAAGAAAAAAAAAACGCCUUGUUUAUUGUUGAAAUUUAAAUUGCUUCUGAUGUCAAUAAACAUUUUUUUUAAUAAAC